AUGGAUGAUUCAGAUGAUUACGUGUUUGACGAUAUUGUUCUGGACGCUCAGGCACUAGCUUUACUCGAUCAAGAAGAACAGAAGUACUUACAACGACCAGACACUGCCAGCCAGAACCUAAUAGCAAUACCCAUUGCUCCAGAGGGACAUGUCAACAAACGACAUAAAACAAGCACUGGAUGGGCACCUGGAAUAGGCGCUAAUGUGUCUUCUGACAAUGCCUACGAUGAUUUACCAGAGAUUUCCCUGCGUGGUGACGGGACAUAUGGGAUUGGUGGCAGAAUGAGCGGACAGGUAACCAGAGGUCAGAUAUUAGAUAACGGCAAUCGUCAAGACGGGCCCGUUCAAGUGAAUACCUCGAACUCUCGAGGGUCCAAUGCACAUGCAUCUGGGUCGCGACUUAACGCGUCUCGUCAGUCAAAUGUCCAACAAAAGCGGCCUUUACCUAGUGAGAACAGAUUUCAAGGCCAAUCCAAUUACGUUCCGUCGAACCAAGACAUAAAUCGCAUUCACGUACAAAUGGUAGAACUACAGAAGAAGUAUGACGAGAUGCGUGAAGAGAAUUCCAAAAUGCAGAUGACCCUUAAAGCAGCUAUCGAUGUCAAGCUUGCCAAAGAAGGGGAAGUGAGCAUUCUCAGAAGAAACAUUGAGAAGGCAUCUCAAAACCACGCGGCACAAUUGUCACAGCUAAGAGCGGAGAAAGAGAAGGUCGAACAGAAACAAUUUCAAGUACAGAAAGAGUUGAAAGACGAACUAGAACGUCUGCGCUCUCAGAUGGUUUUUAAGCAACAAGAAUUGGAUUCCUCGAUGCGUAAAGUACCAGGUUCUGUUCGCGCAAAGAAGGUUACUCGAGACAUCCCCUCAACACCCCUCCAAGUAACGGCGUCAAUGAAUAUCUGGCAUGGAGGCGCAUCCCAAGUUCAAGGUUCGAAAAAAAUAGACGAGACACCUAUUCGUGCACCUCGCUUUGCUGUUACCUCAAAAUUUUCUCCAAGUAAACAAUCUCGAAGGCCACCUGAGAAAGGGCGCAAUCUUCCUGGCUUUCAGAAUGCAUUCGAAACAUCAACACCCAUAUUUUCUCCGUCCAAAAAAAUGGACAAGGGUAAGGGUAAGGCAGAAGACGACUUCGCAAUAUUCGGUAACGAAGAUUUGCCCAACAUAUUUCCUUCCCAGCCAAUGUUUGGCUCUACAAACCAUACGCCUCGCCCUAAACUUAAGACCACAGACAGUCAGGUGCUAAAGCAAGAUGUCGAUAGAAUCCCUCUCUUUAUGGGAUCUGAUAAAUAUGCAUUUUCUCAAACAACAAAUCGAUACAUGGAUGCUGCUCCGACCGACAGCGACGAAGAUGCAUUGAUGGACGUCGCAGAAAAUUUUGAGGCAGUAAAUUGGAAAUCAGAGCUUUGCCGUAUCAUCCUGACGCAUUGUCAUCCAUCCUCUGAAAUGAGUACAUUUCAGCAAAUUCUUGGCUUCACGGAACGUACAAAGAAUCCGGGGGACUAUGCUGCGUCUUGUUCACGCAUCCUGGAGGUCAUCUCAAACUCAAAAUCUCUUCGGGAAUCUCAGCAGCUUCAUUAUCUCGCAAUCUUGAUGAAUUUGAUGCAUAGAUUGGUUCUAUCUAUACCAAUGUUUCACUCUGUAUUGUUGUCUUCUCACAUUUCAUCAUCGGGCGACGAAAUCACAAUCGUAAACUUGAUCUCCAGAGUCAUUCUCGAGAACUUGGAGCCAACAAAAAACCACUUGAACAAGGAUCAAAUUGCGACAGAAACGAUAUCUCUUCUGCAGCUAUUAUGUUUUCAAGCAGAUCCAGAAUUUAUCAACGGAAUCCAAUCAUUUGUUCAAAACAAUACUGCUCUGCUGUUAAUGCUUCAUACAGCACAGCCUAACUGGCUCUUGGAAAAAUCAGCAUUGGUUCUUGUCCUGCUCUCCACCCAUCAUACUUUACUUACGGCCAUUCUAGGAAUGUCUCCAUCCACAGACAAAAAACCAACAGACGGGGAUUCUAUUAAGAAUUCUUUCAUCGACAAAUUAUGCUCUCUUUUAGUCGAUACAAAUAGACCUCCAACAGAAAAUUUCAAGAUAUAUAUUCUCAUGUUUCUUGCCCAAAUAUUGGUGGCACAUCCCACUACGCAUUCCAUACUGGUAGGAUCUAAUGUAUUGAUACCAUCGUUGGUAUUGUACAUAUCGCAUCUCUGUAUACCUUUGUUUGAGGAAAGUGAACAACUUGUCACUUCCACCGAGGCUACGUCAUCUUACGUAAAGGCUCUGAACCAGGCCAUAUUUCUAUUAUACCACCUCAUUUUCGGGCAUGAUCCGUUUUUAGAUCUUCGUCAAAAACUCCAACAAGCUCCUCACCGUGCUUUCAACAACAUCAAUGAUAUUUUCAUCGUAUCGUUUGGCCGAUUAGCCUAUUGCGAUUCAUUUAAUUGGAUGGAACCAGACACGCGACAAGAGGUUGAAUAUCUUGUCGAUAUAUCUCGGGAUAUUUUUGAAGUGAUGGUGGAAGGUCCAGAGGGAGAAAGCGUUUGGGCAGCGUUUCAACUGGAACCAGAUGACGCGAUGGAUGAAGAACAAAUGGAGGCGAGCCUCAUUGGUGGGAAUGGCUGA